AUGGAGUCGCGUGUGGCCGUGCUACGAGCGGUUGCGGAUGCCCUGUUUCCCGCCGCGGAGGCGCGGGCGGCAGAGGCCGCCGCCGCCGGCGAUCGGCUGGCCGCGGCGCUCUUCCGCCACAGCGGCGCCUGCGAUGAAGUUCUCUACAAGGCAACCGGGUUUGUGAUCGAGACGAUCGAGGUGCGGCUGACCCCCGAGGCGCAGCGGGAGCUAAGCAGCUUCGGCCUGCCGUCCGCGUUCCCAGACCUGCCGCGCCAGCAGCGCGAGGCGGUACUGCAGGCGUGGUACAGCAGCCCAGACGCACGCAUGCGCAAGGCUUUCAAGGGCCUCAAGUCCCUCCUCAUGUCCGCCCAGUUUACUCAGCUAAGUCCUGAUGGUACCUCGGACCUGCUGGCGGCCAUGCGGUACCCCGUGACCGACCCGCAGAGGCCACCGGCGCCCGCCCCGGCCGCCAUCGCCGCCGAGGCCGCCGUGGCGGCGGCGCUCGUCGACCUUGCCGGCGCGGACGCCUCGCCCGGCAGCGCUGCCGGGGCGGGGGCGGCGCUGGCGGCCAAAGGACUGCGGGUGGCGUGGCCUGGGGACUACGGCUCCGCGGCUCUGGCGGUGCAGUGCGAUGUGGUGGUGGUGGGCAGCGGCGCCGGCGGCGGAGUGGCGGCGGCCAACCUGGCGGCGGCAGGGCUGCGGGUGGUGGUGCUGGAGAAGAACGGCUUUGUGCCCGCCCGGGACAUGACGCUGCAGGCAAGCCCCGCUCUCGAGGGCCAGGCCUUCCAGGCGAUGUACGAGCAGGGCGGCAUCCUGUCGACCGAGGACGCCUCGCUCUUGGUGCUGGCCGGCAGCACGCUGGGCGGCGGCACGCGCAUCAACUGGUGCGCCUCCUUCGAAACCGCACCACACGUCAGGCGGGAGUGGGCUGAGCGGCACGGCCUCCCCGACUUCGCCUCGCCCAAGUAUGAUGAGGCUCAGGACGCGGUGUGCCGCCGCCUGGGCGUGCGCACCGGCGGCAUGUGCUCCGCGCUGCGCGGCGGCCUGGAAGCCCUGGGCGUGCACAGCGGUGAGGUGCCUCGCAACUGCCUGUCCCCCGACUGCGGCGGCCACUGCUGCCUGGGCUGCGCGCGGGGGCACAAGCAGGACAGCGUCAACACGUGGUUGGCCGACGCCUGCCAGGCUGGCGCACGCAUCAUCACAGGGGCAUGGGCCGAGCGCCUCAUCCUGGAGCCAAACACAGGCGAGGAGGCGGGGGCAGAGGGGGCCCAUGAGCGGCGCAGGCGCACGGCGGGCGUGCUGGCGGUUGCGGGCAGCGCCUCCGCGCCGCUCCGGCUGGCGAUACAGGCGCCUGUGGUCGUGUCGUGCGCCGGCUCCAUCCACAGUCCCGCGCUGCUGCUGCGCUCCGACGUGUCGUGCCGCGGCGCGGUGGGCUCCAACCUGCGGCUGCACCCCUGCACCUGUGUGGUGGGGCUGUUCCCUCCGCGAGACGGCUGCCAGCUGGGGCAGCAGGAGCGGCAGCGGCAGGAUGGGGAGGGAGGGGCAGGGAUAGGUGACGUGGAAGACCUUGCGGCUGGUGCCGCCAGCAGGCAACGGCAGCAGCAGCAGCAGCAGGCCGCCGGCAGCGCGGAGCGGCAGGCGCCGCCGCCGCGGCGCAUGGAGCCGGCGCCGGACGGCCAGGCGGGCGGCAGCAUCCGGUGCUGGGAGGGCGCCCUCAUGAGCGUGUUCAGCAACGAUGUGGGAGACUGGGAGGGCUCGGGCUACGGCAGCCUGCUGUACACCCCCGCUGUGCACCCAGCCUUUUUUGCGGGGGGGGCUCCCUGGGUGUGCGGCGAGGACUACAAGGAGCUGAUGCUGCGUUACCCCGAGGCUUGCGUGGUGCGGGUACUGGUGCGGGACCAGGACGCGGGGCGCGUGACCGUGGACAGGAGCGGGCGGCCACGCAUCCACUACACUCUGUCCAAGCGGGACGAGGCUUCCAUGGUCAAGGGUGUGGAGCUAGGCCUGCGGUGCAUGGCGGCUGCCGGCGCCACGGCCGUCCUCACCUUGCUCAAUUCCCCGGUCGGCCGCUUCACCUUCACCCACCCGGUGGCGGCGCAGGCUACCGGCAGCAGCGGCGGCAGCGGCGGCCUCGGCAGCCCCAGCGCCGGCGCGCCGACCUCUGCUGCGCCAGCGGGCGGCGGCGGCGGGGCGGCGGCGCCGCGGGCGGCGCCCAGCCUGCCGGGCAGCGCCGGCGGCGGCGAGGAGUUUGAGCGGUACUUGGCUGAUGUGGCGCGGGCGGGCAUCCCUCCUCUGCAGACCCCCCAGUUUUCCGCCCACCAGAUGGGAACCUGCCGCCUGGGUGGCGACCCCAAGGCAUCAGUGCUGGACCCGCAGGGCGAGUGCUGGGAUGUUUCGGGACUGUACUGCCUGGACGGCAGUACCUUCCCCACCCCCACCGGCCUCAACCCGAUGAUCAGGUGCGACGUUAGGGUGGCGAGGCGUGCUGGCGGCGCCAGCAUGGCAGAUGGGAUCAGGCCUCAGCUGCACGGGGGUAGGGGCGAGCGCGGCAUCGAAGCCAUCUCUUACAUGCUGUCCAAGCAGCUGGCGGCGCGGCUGGCGGCACAGCUGGCGGCGAGCGGCAGCGGCAGGCGGGGGGCCGGCAGCGGCGACAGCCAGCGCAGCGCCAAGCUCUGA